AGUUAUGUUGUAAUGCAACUCUGUGUACCGCCGAUAGGCCACCACAGCAGAGUUACGUUUAACACAUUCUAGGAUAUUUAGAGAAUAUUUCGUGAUAAAAAGUAUAAAGCAAUAGAUUUGAUAGUGUUCUUUUAGUUUUAGUGAAGUAAGGUUAAAACUCUCAUCUGGAAUUAUCUAUUUAAUUAAUCGGUGCAUGCUCAUUAAUAACCUGUUUGUGGAAAGGAAAGUUGGCGGCAACAUAACAGGCGCGCGCUUUCCAUUACGCUUUGGGUGUUUUUUUUUAGCUGAUUAAUGUGAACAUCUGGCUGAGUGCAUACAAAUAUAUACAUUAAGUAUAUGUAAUAUAUACAAAUAAUUAAAGGCAUUAUUCAAAUAGUCGUCACUCAGCGAGCCUCUCGAGUACAGCUCAGUAUAUGACGGAAGUAUGCAUUUGCAAUAUGUACUAAAACCGCCAUCAUAUGAAACUGAAGUUGUAAUACAAGCAGACGGCAAUUAUUUGAUAUCAAGUCAAGAUAAUAAAAUUCCUCUCAUACCAACAAUGUCUACUUCUCUACCGGAAAUAUGUGAGGAGCAAACAGCAUCUAUAAACAAUGAAAAUAUUAUUUGUAAACCCAGCAGUUUAGAAUCCCCAUUCAAGGGUUUUACGGAAAGUCCAUAUGGCAAAUUGCAAAGAGAAUUUUUUCAUUCUUCUUCUCAUUUAUCGAAUUCCUUGGAAAAACCUUUACUACCUGCCAAAAGCAACACAGUAUUGAGGUUUUACGAUAUGAUUGUUGAAGAAAACAGUUGCAACGCCGUUGAUAUACGGUUGCCGAAGGAAUACCCAGUACCUACAGCUGAUGAAAAUUCGCAAGAAAAUGGUGUAGAUUAUUUGCUUGGCCUUAGCAAAGAAUCGAAGGAGCUUCGGCUUUCCUACGAGCUGUCUUUCAAUGGAAAAAUCAAAAGUCUUACACCAUCAACUGAAAUCGAAAAUGAAGCAACUAUUGAGAUGCAAAACCUAUUAAAUAAACAAUCUUUUGUUCUCAAAAAGUAUAGAAACGAAAAAUCUCCAGACAUAUUUUGCGAUGACGAAGAAGAUGAAGACAAUGACGUCAUCCAGGCAAGCAAGGAUGAAAAUUGUUUCUCGGCGGAAGAACUAAUUGAGUAUGUUGAGACCACAGAUAACGUAGACGAUACCGUAGUAGCGGAGGAUAUAGUAAUUGAGAAUCAAGAGCAAACUGAGUUAACAGCUUAUAAAGAAGAGGAAAGAGAAAAAAUAGUUGAGGAAUAUACCGACACAAGUUUCAAUAAAUCGUUCAAUUGUCAAAUCGAGUGUAGCUUGCCUGACAAUCAAUCGUGUGAAACAAAUACACAAGCACCUGAGCACCAGCUACGCGCAGAUAAACACAGCUUGUUUCGAGAUAACUGCCGUCGAGAAAAAGAACUCCUACGUCGGAUUCGAAAGUGUCUGGCUGGAUUACCACCACCUCCCUCUCUAACCAUACCACAGUUGGAUAUGUUUAGCGAGGUGCUCAACCGAAAACAAGAUAUUUUAGACUUUACUGUCGAUAUUGAUACCUCUUCCAAUAGUGCAGGCGCUUGUAGCUCUCCCAACACCUCUACAAGUCUUUUUAAGCCCUCUCAUCCAAUGAACGAAGCUAAAGAAAUGGGCUGGCGACAGGUGCUUGGUGUUAGACAACAUGGCCUUUGUUUUAACCUGUGCAAAGCUUCUGAAAGCAAUGAGUAUUUGGCCCUCUCGGUAAUUGAACGUUUCAUUGGCGCAGAAACCGCCUCAUCAUAUCGGAAUUCACCAUCAAGUGCGAAAAAGCGCAAUGCGCGAAUGAAAUUACUCACACAGUCUCCUGGAAACCGAUUAAGUCAUUUAGCCAGACGCCGUGCAACUUUCUCCUCAGCCCAAUUGGCUACCCAGAAGUCGAACAAUGUGCGUGGUCCACAGAUCUUGGUAGAUGUUCAAAAGAAAAAUAAACAUCGCCGCAAAAAUACUCCUAAACGUAUGACUCCUGGCAGCAAAAAGAAAGCUCGCAAAACACCGUCCUCUUCAGCUCGUAAAAGACUUUUUCGCUGUGAUCUCAUCAAACCUGGACCAUCGCGCGAAGCUUCGAAACGUGCUUUGUUUCAAAGUCCCCCUAAGCAAGUGGACUACAAGCCACCCGUUCAAAGACUCAUCCCUACUAUUAAGCCGGAAAUAGCAAAUCGUGUUGAAAAAUCAAAGCGUGCACUCUUCUCUCCAGACAAAAAAACAGAUAACACAAAUAUAUUAUCCAAUACAAAUUACCAACUGAAUCUUGACCGGAAGCCUAGCUUCCAAUUGUAUUCAGCUAAGGAAAGUCGUUUGUCUGUGAAUGAGUUUGAUUCUGUAUUAAAGCGCAAACGCUCAGCAAUAGACGACGAUGACACUGGGGAUUCAGCUGACCUACCAUCACAAAGUAACAAACUGUUUCGUGGCGGCGCUGAAAACUUAACACCACGUGCUUUGAAAAUCAAGAGCCAAAGCUUUUGUAUCGGGACUGGUUCCUCAGCAACAACGACCACUGCCACCGUGACAAGCACUGCUGUUUCCAAUGUCGAUUUAGUGCUGAUAAAAAAUCUAGGUCUCAGCGGUAGUGCAAAGGAUUUAUCGUCCGCUGCCCCCACAAUUGGCGCUAGUAAAAUACAACGUGCACACUCGGAAAUGGUAGCACAAUCAAAUAGCUUAACCGAAAAUCAGCGAAAGAAAUUAUUGUGGGCCGUGUCGCAAGCUUUGCAGGAGAAGAAGAUUACCACGAAUCAUGAAAGCUUCAAACAGUUUGCAGCAGUAUUAGCCAGAGUUGUGCGGCGCAUUUUUCAGGAAUUUUCCCAAAAAAGCAGUACUAGCAACAGUGAAACCUUGCUGCGCUUGGCUAAGCGUUAUGUGCACUAUGUGAUUAGUGGUCGUUGUGCGGAUGACAUUUAUAUCCACGCAAAAGCGAAAAUUGUGCGUGAAAAAAAUGAAUCCAGCAGUCGUCUAAGUGGCUAUAUUGGACCGGAGGAGUACCAACGGUUCAAAGACUCACAAAAACAGCAGCUGCAUGAGGAUCAAAUUAAUUCAUUUAGUCAAAGCUCAAUGCGUUCAUCCUCUAUUUCAAACAUAUUUUCAACAGAACCGUCGUUGGACUCCUUCCGAAUCAGCGGCAUCAACGAGUUUGCUCUCUCCUCCACAUUCACCUCUCAAUCGCAAUCACUUACAGAAAGUGGCUCCACCAAACAGUUUUCAUCUAACAAAAAAAUGCCUAUCCAAUCGAACUCAUCACUGCAGAACAGUUCAUCGAAAAAUAAUAUGUGUGGCUUAGCUUUGCGUGAGAAUGUCAAUUUCGAAUCCGAACAACGUCGUUCAGCACAAAAGAAUUUCACGGGCAAGGAUCAACGCAAUGUGAGUCCAUAUGCGCAUAAUAAUAACAACAACUAUCAUAACAAUAAUCAGCUAAAAGCGAGCAAUAAUAUAUCGAGUGUUCCAGUCACGAUGUGUAGAACUUCAGCGGCAAAAGCGCAAUUGCAUACAACGAAUAUUUCCUCAGCGGAUUCAAAACUGUUAUACUCGGCCUCAACAAAAGUGAAGCGACAGAUAAGUUUCGAUAACUAAAUCCUUUUACACAGAUACUCAUACACUCGGCUCUACCAUCUCUUCAGCACUUAGUCCAAUUUUGGUUAUUGUAAAUCAUUUGUUGAAUGUCAUUUCAUUGCAUAUGCUUUAGCAACAAAGAGUGUUCAGAUGAGAAUUAUGAAUUAAUUAUAGGUAUUAAUUAGAAAAAUUUGCAAUUUUUCCAAAUGGUUGUAAAAUGAGAAAACAACGAUUACCAAUAUGUAAGCAAAAAUAUAUUUUUUUUAGCUUUGUAGUGUACUCGUAUAGUCAAUAAUAUACAAAAUGGGUCUUAUUUAGGAUAACGUUCAGUGAAUGCAUCAAUUUGCCCAUUUACAAAAUGUUUUGGCAUUCUAGUGUUUAUUAAGAAUUGAACCUUUAAUAUUAAUGAAACUUUUCUAUAACCAGAUCUAUCUCAUUGCGACCCAGUACACAAAAACUGAAAUAAAUUAAAAGUAAAUAAAAACUUUUUUAAUAAUUAAAA